AUGGUCGGAAAUUUAUUAAUAGACAUUACUGAUCAACUUAUUAUAGAUUACCGAGAAAUUACUAAUAAUAAAAACGAAGAUAUCAUUAGAGAAUUAUCAUCUAAUGUUAAUAAAUACUUAAAGUUUAUUGCUGGUUACGGAACAGGAUUCGGUGUUUUCUAGAAUAAUUUGGUUGCUUUAGAGGCUAUUGUCAAAUAGCUUUCAAUGAAGGACAAGCAAUCCAUACCUAUCCUUAUUUGUUAAAAUAUGUUAGGUGGAGAAUCCCCUUUAGAUUUUUCUAUUAAAAAUUAAUAGCAAAAGAUCAUCAAUCUAAUAAUCGCAAUGAUUAUAAAAUACCAAGAUCACAUAUUGUUUAACAAGCUGAUAGAUAAGAAUUUAUGCGAGCUAAUUAAACAAUAGAUAGAUCUAUAAGAAUACUUCGAGAGUAAUCUAGCUAAUUAUGAAAUCCAUGAUUUAUCAUUUCCAAGUCAACAUCAUGAUGAAUAAGAGUUGAUAGAGGGAAUAACUUUAGAUCAUCCAAAGGAUGUCCAUGAAAAAUACGAUGAAUUAUUUUCAAAGAAGUUGUCUCUUUUAGAGAAUCAGCAUGAUUCUAAAGUUUCAAUAGAAUAUCAUUUGAUCAACUUGCCCUUGUCAUUAAGAAAUAAUCCCUAAAUGCUGAUGUAGGUAUUAAGUGAAACAGAAAAGCCUGAGUAUUUUGAAAAUAAAAUUAUUCAAGCUAUCAUUAACUUUAAGUGGAAUACGUAUACUAAGUCCUUUUAUUAAAACAGGUUCUAUUUUUACAUGAUUUUUAUGGCUUCUUUCAUUUUCGAUAUCUUUUAUUCUACAUAUGCAACACAAAAUAUUUUGGAUGAAUCAAACAACAAAGAAGUUUUGCAACCCAAUAUAUGGCUAUAGAUUUCUACAAAAAUAAUAUGUAGUCUUGUUCUACUCUAUUUCUUAAUUUAUGAAAUUUAACAAAUAAGAGUUUAAAGAGGAGAUUAUUUCAAAGAUGGAUGGAAUUACUUUGAUUUCACUCAUAUACUUGCCUAUACAACAUACUGCAUUCUAGACUUUACAAAUGAUGCCUAAGUUAAUCAAAUCUUGAUAAAAAUUCUAGUAAUCGUUUUAUCCUUCAUGAAAAUAUUUUUCUUCUUGAGAAUAUAUGAUGGAUUCAGUUUUCUCGUUCAAAUGAUGGCUGGUGUCUUCAAAGAUCUUAAAUACUUCUUGAUUUUCUUCCUAAUUUUCAUCCUUCAGUUUGGAAUGAUUUUCUUAGUCCUCUUUAAGGCAUAGUAGAUCGAUGAAUACAAUGGGGUGAACAAACUAGCAUAUUUUUUGAUGGCCUUCAGAAUAUCUUCUGGCGACUUCUAACUAGAUGACUACCAUACUUAAGAAGAUGGAUUAGUGAUCUUUACCUGGAUUAUCUGGUUGAUAGCUGUUAUGACUUUGAAUAUAGUGUUCAUGAACUUCAUAAUUGCUGUCAUAUCAGAGUCUUAUGAAAGAGUCAUGUAGAAACUUGUUGCGGAAUCAUACAAAGUUAAAGCUAACAUGAUUGUUGAGAGAGAAUAACUUUUCAAUGAAGUUGAAUUGAAGAGCAAAGUAAACUUCCCUAAUUUUAUUGUUCUCAGAAGACCAUUAAACACAGAAUCUAAUGAAGCUGGGGAAUGGCAAGGAUUUAUUAAAGAUAUCAAGUAUACCAUAAGAACUACAGCGGCUAAGUCUAAAAUUGAGUUAAUUUAAAAUCUACAUUCUAUUUAAACUUAGAACCAAUAGAAUAAUCAGAUACUUGAGAAAAUUGAUGGAAAUUUAUAGCAAAGUUCUAAGAAUCCAAGUUCAAAUGAGGGUCUAUAAGAUUAAUUAUCUAUAUUGAAACUUUAGCUUGAUCAAGCAUAAGAGAAUAGCAAGAUUGAUUUUAAUAGAUUAGAAUAAGGUAUGGAUGUUAAAAUCAAUGGACUUGAGAAACAAGUUAAUGGACUUGAUAGUAAAGUUGGAAAGCUUUAAGAAGAUAUGGAUUUUAUCAAAAUUUCGAUAACUCAACUUCUGAAAAAUAAUCAGUGA